AUGGAAGUAGAGAAGGCCACACAGCUAGCCUUAUUGGAUGUACUAGUCAACAGACGACAAGACCUAAGCUUGGGACAUAAGGUGUAUCGGAAAAACACCCAUACCGAUCGCUACUUACACAAUAAUUCAAAUCACAAUCCCGAUCAAAAAAGAGGGGUCAUAAAAACACUUGUUGACAGAGCCCGCCGAAUCUGUGAACCUCUACACAUCACUGAGGAAUUACAAUACCUAGACAGAGCCUUACAAGCCAAUGGAUACCGAGAGCAGACGAUCAGACGAGCCAUAAGACCUAGGAAACCUGUUGAAAGGCAAGAGGGAGAAAAUACACCUCCUAGUGGGGUAGCAUUUCUUCCAUACAUCAGAGGGGUCACUGACCGCAUUGGAAAAUUAUUAAGAAAGAGGAACAUAAAACCGAUCCUCAAACCCACUCGAAAGAUACAAGAACAUCUCCGCUCGGCUAAAGACCCACGAGAUUCACUCUCCUCCGCUGGGGUCUAUAGAAUUCCGUGUUUUUGUGGCUCAGUAUAUGUUGGUACUACGUUUUAA